AUGGAGGCAUUAGAGACGAGUAUAAACUACUGGGAGGACGCUUUGGCGGCGUUCUCGUUGGGUGCUCGCGGCGGGGUCUCCGGCACGCUGGCGCUCACCUCGCCGGAGGAGGCGGAGUUCUGUCGGGAGAUACAGGAACUGCUCCAGAAUGCUUACCUCCUACAGGAACGGUGCGAGCUGCUGUUCUUAGACCAGCGCUCGGUGCUGUUCCGCUCGGAGAGCGGGGGCGAGGCGGCGGCGGGGGGCAGGUCGCGGCUGCUCUCGCACGCCCACUCCGCCUCGUCGCACACUCGACGCGAACUACACUCAAGCGCGGAGUCCUUCGCCUCCGCUGAGGACCAGGUGGCAGAUUUAAGAGAAUUAGACGACUUCCCAGAGAUUUCUGCUGAAACGGACAACUUGGAACUGUACCAGAUGGCCGUCAAACAGCUGGAAGUUGGAAUUCCUUAUAGGACGCUGCGCACUGAGGUGGUGCAGUGCGGCGCCGACUCCGAGUUCCUGUGCAAGCUGCACUGCCUGCGGCUCGCGUUCGCCAACGUGUUCAGGGACGCGGCCGCCUGGGCGUGGUUCGUGGACGCCGGCAGGCAGGUGCUCACCGACCUGCUGCUCUUCGCCGACAAGGAGCCAAAGGAGUUUCUAGUUGCGUACGAGGAGAUGGUGUCGUGGGCGACAGACGUCGCCAAUUGGACUACAAUAGAGGAUGAGCUUACAAGCAAAGGUGUUAAGGUGCUGUCUUUCUACGACGUGGUGCUGGACUACAUACUGCUGGACGCCUUCGAGGACCUGGCGGCGCCCCCGUCUUCUGUUCUGGCGGUGGUCCGCAACCGCUGGCUCUCCGACGGCUUCAAGGAGAGCGCGCUGACGACGGCGGUGUGGUCGGUGAUAAAGGCGAAGCGGCGCUACCUGCGCCACCCGGACGGGUUCAUGGCGCACUUCUACUCGGUGUCGGAGCACCUGCUGCCGGUGCUCGUGUGGGGCUUCCUGGGGCCGCGCGAGCGGCUGCGCGAGGUGUGCCUCGCGUUCCAGGCCGAGGUGGUGGGCUACGUGCAGGACCUGUUCAGCUUUGCGCGCUGCCGCUACACCAGCGUGGAGGACCUCGCCGAGGACGUGAUGCAGCACGCGCGCUCGCGCGCCGCCAACAUCACGGACAAGCUCGCGGACAGAAAC